UCAUUCUUGUACCAGCGCUCGACCGUACCGCACGCGUUUUCGUCAAUCUCUCUCUCUCGCUAUCACUGGGAGUCGUGUGGAAAGUAGUUUGGAAGGAAAGUAGAAGAGAAUUUCUCCCAUUUCUCAGCAGAGGAAACGGAAUCGUAGUGACCAAAACAACUCAAGGAUACUGUGCGGAAGCAAAGUGUUGGCAAGUGUACAAGUUGAAUUGAUUUGGGUCAAUUCAACGCGAAAAGAAGUGAAGCAAAACAAGCGGUGGUGAAUAUUCGGUGGAAGUGUUAACUUCCCUGUGCAAAUACAAGUGUCUAUUGGAUCCCGGAGUGUAUCCGGAUUAAAGCAGUCAAAAUUUGUGUCAAACGAGCAAAAAAGAUGAAGGCCAUCACAGCGGUGUGUGCUACCGGUGCGUCGGUGCCGGCUAUUGCCAGCGGCCGAGUGCAGCGCCACCGAGAUGGCGAAAACGCCGAGAUCCAGAUGUACCUGUCCAAGUUGAAGGACUUGGUUCCGUUCAUGCCCAAGAACCGGAAGCUGUCCAAGCUGGAAGUGAUCCAGAACGUGAUUGACUACAUUUGCGACCUGCAGAGUGCUCUGGAGACCCAUCCGGCAGUCAAUACCUUCGAUCCCGUGCAAGCCUUGGCCAGCCACAACUCGCUGGAGGACUCUAUCUCCGUUGGACCCAGGCAGCCUCUGGGUGUCCGACCAAGUCCCAACACCAUCCUGGCCAACGCACUCAACAUGGCAGUCUCCAACGCCACCUCCGCAGCCAGCAGUACCAGCGAAGCACCAUCCAAUGUGACAAAAGAUAAGUCGGCGUGAACUACUCGUGUCGCACAACCGGGCGGCGCCCCGAAGGCCGGAACUGGUCAGUUGACGGGACCGUUUGGAUGAUCUCAGCUUUGAACUGAAUGCAGCAGCUGCAGCAAUCGUCGUCCGUCACCAACGCGGGACUUCCCCUCCCGAGGGGUUUCGUCGGUCUGUGCGUGUCUGUGACCCCUCCGUAGAGAACCCGACGCGAUGGCGAUGGCGAGCGAAUGAGUAAUAUUAAUUAUAUUAUUGUUCUGUGAUCUAUGUAGAAUAUGUUUUAUUGAAAACAACAACUUGUAACGGUUACAAGCGAAACUGAUUUAACUCUCAGAUUAACGAACAAAACCGAAAUGCGCCCUUUGGAGAUCACUGCUUAAGCUGUCAAAGUUGACAGAUGGCGGUGGAAUCGAAAGGGCGUAUGAUUUGUACAAAAUGUAGAAUUUAGUUACAUUCGCCCUAUAGUUUUAUUUCAACAGGAACUAUGAGAACAAAUUUUCAUACUUUUUCUAAUCAGAUGGUCAUUACCGAGGUCAUAACUUUUUUUUGCUGAUGUGUUGUUUUUAUCUAGCGAUCAAUGACUUAAUAAGUUCGUUUUAUAGUUUUAGUCAGAAUACCCUCACUUUAUUUAUGUAAAUAGUAAUCCUAGAACAGAUUAUAUUUGUUCCCCCUAGAAUGUGAGCGAACGCUAAUUUAUAAAAGCAAACCAGUAAGACUCUGUGAAAUAAAACAAAAAAUGCUAUUUGAAAAAAUCAAA